CAGCGCUCGUGGCCAUGGAAGGUGUGCUAUGGACACGAGAAGGCCGCAGUAAGCUGCUGCGAGGCUGGCAUAAGCGCUACUUCGUGCUAUCAGAGACCGGAACUUUGCGCGAAUACUCGUCCGACGUGAGUAAGAAGGAGCUCUUGUCUCGAGCACGUCGAGCGUCCUCUGGGGCGUCCACUACGUCGUCCACAUCGUCUCCCGAUCGCAGCAAUUGCAACAGUGGGAUGACGCUGAGACGUGAAGUGGACGUCCGAGGCGCAGCUGUCAAGACGUUGCCGUUUCCUCUGGUAGGGAAACACAACGCGUUCCAAGUGACCAUCGCCCCCAUAUCUCAGAUAAUGGGUACACCACAGCAAAAACUGGUGCUCAGUGCACGGCAAGCCGACGACGUGCGACAGUGGAUGAAUGCGUUGCGCUCAGCUGCGCUGAAGCUGACGAUUCCGCGGCGCCCGAGCCCCAUGGGCUGGAGCAGAGGCAGCGACUCGAGAGGCGAAAUGGGCAACGAAGAAGAAAGUGACUUUGUGGAGGUGAAGAUGCCGCAACGAGCCGAUAUGGCGCAUCUGAGCUCCGUUUAUGAGUGGAUCCACGAAUGUUGCGUUAAAACAGCCCAAAAUUUGACAGUCGCCGGCGUGGAUAUCCCCAGAGGCUCGUUGCUAGUGAGUGCCAAUGGAGUCUCCUUACAGACGCUGACGUCAGUGGAAGUGAGGAAACUGCUGCUAGAAUCCACGGGAACACUACCGGUAUCGCUGAGAUUCUUGCGGAGUCCAGCCAAGUGUGGCGUCUUACGAGCGAAACUGUACACUAGUCCGUUGACGCAGUUGAAAUCAUUGGCGAAAUACCGGAAAUCGUCCCGGAUGGACUGGAAGGAGCAGGUGGUGGAUCUAUCGGGGGAUUUACUGACGUGCCAGCUGAAGGUUAAAACCCCCCUGGCCAUCGGAAACAGCAGUAGUAAUAGUAGUAACAGCAAGACGAAGCGAGUGCUGGUGCUGAGCAGCGGCAGCUCGGUCAAGCCUGUCCACGAACUGGUCUCCGAUCGCAAAUACUGUUUUAUGGUGACGGUCCAAGCCCAUUCCAUGUUGUUCCAAGCACGGUGCGAGGUGGAUCGAAGAGCAUGGACGGACGCAAUACAACGUGCCAUCACUAUAGCGGAAGGGUUAGUUCCUGGAGGGGCAUUAGCGCGAGGCUCAUUUGAUUUAGAUGCGCUACAGCUGCAGAGUUCGAUGAAUAUGCGACAUUUAGAACAAGAGUUUGAAGGCAUGGAGGGAGGCGACGGAAUAGAUUACGACGACGAGGAGGAUGAGAGCGAUGGGGGUCUGGAGGAUGAGCUAAGCCCCGUGGAUGCUUCAGCGCGUCUUCCUCUGCCAAAGGACUGGAUUAGUGCGACGCAGUCCGCUGCGUAUUUACCGGAUAAAGAACUCACUGAGAUGCUGCGCGUUCUACAGUCUAGUGGACGCUUUGUGGAGGCUCUCCAGUUGAUGGAGAAGAACACGACACUACGCGUCAUAUACUGGCAGCAGAUUUUCCGAUGGGCGCUGGUCCCUGCACAAAGUGGCGAGGAGUCCCUGGAAUUGUUUCAGCAGCUGGCCCAGACGCCUCUUUCCGAAGAAGACGAUUCCCAAGUGCAGAAAGACAUUCCUCGCACGGCCAAGUGGCUCGCUGGGUCAGCAGGCGCACCAGAGCUCGACGACACUGAACGUGCUGUCCGAUUAGAGCGAUUAGAGCGCGUGCUGCAUGCCUUUCUAUCGAGCUGCUCUCUCGACGUGCGGACCGAUGAGGAGCCGGUGUCACCUUCGUCUGCUGGGUCUUCAAGCUCGUCUUCGAGCUUCUACAUGCAGGGCAUGAACGGGUUGGCAUUUAUCUUGCUGGAAGUACUGGAGAACGACGAAGUGGAAGCAUUUCGAUUUUUACGAGGCAUUGUGGCCCGUAUCUUACCGCACGUGUUCGGUAUCUGCUGCGAAGGUACCGGACGCGACCACUUCGACUUGUUCCGGUCGCUUGUCGAGGUCGGUGACGUCUUACAGGAAGUGGCUCGACUGCAUCUUCCGAGUUUCCACGCAGCAUUGGAACGUGCGGGGCUUCCAGUCUGUUUGCUGGCGUACAAGUGGUUCCCGACGCUCUUCUCGGACGUGACGUUGACAGCAUCACACUCUCAACUGCGUUUUGAUACUUUGUUGUGUUGUUGGGACGUGUGUCUGUUGCUGGGACUCGAGGGGAUGUUCUGUGUGGCGUUAGCACUCUGCAGUGCCGCCGAAGACGACGUUCUGGCUCUAGCUGGUUGUGGCGAUGCUGCGUGCAAUAGUGCGGAGCAGGUGAGCGCUACGGUCGGUCGCUCAUUGGCUCUACUCACGCCCGAGGAUCUCAUCACGAGUGUGUGUGAAGUUCUGGAGUUGUGUAGCCAUCCAGUGCUACUGAAGCUUCGGAACGCACAUCGCCGUCGACUGAAACUCGGGUACUCGAAAGUGGGCAACGGCUUUGCUGCCAGAAGUUCACCCGACCGGACUGUGGCAAAAAGACCUGAUGUUGUGCCACCACCGAUGACAGUGACCGACUUGGACUCUGGCAAGAUGCGCACCAACACCGGUGUGGUGUCGUUUGUGCAAUCACAUACAGUACUACACGUAGUACUGUCGGGCAUGAGCUGA